UAGGCCCCGCCUUCCCCCUUUCUCGAAUCUCGCGCGACAGUCACCAGGCUAGCUUGCUAUCUAGUUAGUUAACAAAUCUUUAUUAAUUUAUUGGACCGUUUUGCUGCGAAAUUGAAAAAUCUAGUUUUCAAACGACAAAGUUACACUUCGUAAACGCAUUAGUCUAUGCGAAUUUGUCUUGCGUCUUAAUUGUUGAAACGCUUAAUUUGCCGCCUUUUAUUGUAACUACCCUGCUAACGUUAGCUUCCCCUAAGACAUUUGCUAUUGUUGUUGCCUGGGAUAGCAAGCUACAGUAACAGCCCAAAAUGACUUCAGCCUCUACUAAGGUGGGAGAAAUCUUCUCUGCAGCAGGAGCAGCCUUCACCAAGCUGGGUGAGCUUACCAUGCAGCUGCAUCCAGUAGCUGACUCUAGCCCUGCAGGAGCCAAAUGGACAGAGACGGAGGUCGAGAUGCUGCGGUCAGCUGUGCGGCGCUUCGGUGAUGAUCUGAACAGUAUCAGCUCUGUGAUUAAGGAGCGCACUGUAGCCCAGAUAAAGACGACAGUGAAGAGGAAACUGUAUGAGGACAGCAGGGUGCCCCUCUCCUCCGACUCCCCCAAAAAGAUCACCAAGAAGACCACAGUCAUCAUGGCAGCCGCACUAGCACCCGUGGCCCCCACUGUCAUCGCAGUGCCCACCUCACAGGUUGUCGUGACUACAGGGCUGCAGAGCCCCUCUAUGCCCACUGCCAUCAAGAAACAGAAAACAGCAGAUGUGACGCUCAGUGCUCUGAAUGACUCUGAUGUGAACAGCGACUUGGUGGACAUUGAGGGACUGGGAGAUAGUUCCAUCACCAAGAAGCUCAACUUUGAUCAAGAAAGCCUCAACCUGGACUCCAGCCUAAUCAUGAACUCCAGUGACCUGCCCCUCCUGUCUCGCUGACCUCUAACCCACUGUACCAUUGGGUUGGAAACACUCAGUCCCUAUAUCACCAGAGAGCAGACUACAGUUAGUAUCUUUGUUACAGAGCUUUUUUGGACACAUUUAAGCAGAUAAAUGUGUGUAUUUUUAUGAACAGACCCCUCUCCCCAUCAAGUACUUCUCUAUUCAGUCUGGGGCAUUUCUACUGAGGAACCCUUCUAUUUGGCUGUUUCUCACAAAUCUAGUUUGUGUGAUGUAUAGCUUUUUUGUAUUGUAACAUUUAUUUGCUCUGCUAAUUUUCGAAGUACUGUAUUGCAGCUGAACAUAUGCUGUUCAUGAUCUCCAGAGAGAAAUGGUGUUUCAGUGCAGAUGUUUGGGGCGGCAGCGUAGCCUAGUGGUUAGAGCGUUGGACUAGUAAUCGAAAGGUUGCAAGAUCUAAUCCCUGAGCUGACAAGGUACAAAUCUGUCAUUUUGCCCCUGAACAAGGCCGUCAUUGAAAAUAAGAAUUUGUUCUUAACUGACUUGCCUAUUAAAAAAAAGUCCAUCGUGUAGAGUGAGUGUACAUGUUGUGUACCACUGGUUGAUAUUUAUAAAUGCAAGACACCAGCUAUCCAGCUAUUACUUGUAUUUCAUUUUGUUCACAAUGGUUGUGCAUGACAUGAUUCCUCUUAUGUUGAUGUUAAGUAAAAUGUUAAUGUCU